GUCCGGAAGAAGGUUCAGAGGCUGGGGUCGUGGGACCUGGCUCUGGACCUGGGUGGAGAUGGAGUUCGACUGCGAGGGCCUGAGACGGCUGCUUGGCAAGAGUCUUGCUCUGUCGCCCAGGCUGGAGUGCUGUGGUGUGAUCUCAGCUCACUGCACCUCUGCCUCCCAGGUUCAAGCGAUUCUCGUGCCUCAUCCUCACGAGUAGCUGGGAUUACAGUAUAGACGGGGUUUCACCAUGUUAACCAGGAUGGUCUUGAUCUCUUGACCUCGUGAUCCACCCGCCUCGGCCCCCCAAAGUGAUGGGAUUACAGGCGUGAGCCACCGCGUCCGGCUGAAAUUGUUUGUUACAAGUUCAGGGACCUAACUGUGGAAGAACUAAAGAAUGUAAAUAUGUUUUUCCCGCAUUUCAAAUAUUCCAUGGACACCUAUGUUUUUAAAGAUAGUUCCCAGAAAAACCUGCUGAAUUUUGCCGGCACUAUUCCUGUGAUCUAUCAGGGAAAUACAUAUAACAUACCAAUUCGUUUCUGGAUUUUGGAUUCUCACCCUUUUGCUCCCCCUAUUUGCUUCUUGAAGCCAACUGCAAAUAUGGGAAUCUCAGUCGGAAAACACGUGGAUGCUCAAGGCCGAAUAUAUUUGCCCUAUCUCCAAAACUGGAGCCAUCCUAAAUCUGUCAUUGUUGGAUUAAUUAAAGAAAUGAUUGCCAAGUUUCAAGAGGAACUUCCCCUGUAUUCUCUAUCUUCAUCUGAUGAGGCACGGCAGGUAGACUUGCUAGCCUAUAUUGCAAAAAUCACUGAAGGUGUUUCAGAUAUAAAUUCAAAGAGCUGGGCAAAUCAUGAGAAUAAAACACCCAAUAAAAUUACUGUGGUUGGAGGUGGAGAGUUGGGUAUUGCCUGCACAUUAGCAGUUUCAGCAAAGGGCAUUGCAGAUAGGCUGGUCCUCUUAGACCUCUCAGAAGGGACUAAAGGAGGCAUGAUGGACCUUGAAAUCUUCAACCUUCCUAAUGUGGAGAUCAGUAAAGAUUUGUCUGCCUCUGCUCAUUCCAAGGUGGUGAUCUUCACAGUCAACUCUUUGGGUAGUUCUCAGUCCUACCUUGAUGUGGUACAGAGCAAUGUGGAUAUGUUCCGAGCCCUUGUCCCAGCUCUGGGACAUUAUAGUCCACACAGUAUCCUGCUCGUUGCAUCUCAGCCAGUGGAAAUCAUGACUUAUGUGACAUGGAAACUGAGUGCAUUUCCUGCAAAUCGAGUGAUUGGAAUUGGAUGUAAUCUGGAUUCACAGAGAUUACAGUAUAUUAUUACAAAUGUUUUGAAGGCACAGACUUCGGGCAGAGAAGUAUGGAUUAUUGGCGAGCAAGGAGAAGACAAAGUGCUCACCUGGAGUGGCCAAGAAGAAGUCAUGAGUCAUACCUUUCAAGUGCAGCUGUCCAACAGAGCCAUGGAACUGCUAAGAGUAAAAGGUCAAAGAUCCUGGUCUGUUGGACUAUCAGUAGCUGACAUGGUUGACAGUAUUGUAAACAAUAAGAAGAAAGUGCAUUCUGUAUCAACUUUAGCAAAGGGAUAUUAUGAUAUAAAUAGUGAAGUGUUUUUAAGUUUGCCUUGCAUCCUGGGAACCAGUGGAGUAUCUGAAAUCAAAACUACAUUGAAAGAAGUUAGAAUUACUGAGAAACUCCAAAGCAGUGCAUCCUCAAUCCAUGGUCUCCAACAACAGUUAAAACUUUGAUUCUCAAAUGCAAUUUGAGAGGUUGGACUUCCACCUGAAAAGAAAAGUCAUUUAAUUUUACAUAUAUAUAUAUGUUUGAGAAUUUCUGUAUCCUGCUCUACCUAUCCUUACAAACUCCUUGGUUAAAGUAGAGGGUUUCUUGUUUAGCUUUGUGAUUUAAAUCUUUAAGGAGUUAGAUAAGGAAGGGAAAAAUUAAUUUUAUUUGGCAUUCUUGAGAUGUCUAUUCUGUUCUUUAAAUCUACAGCAGGGGUAAACAUUAAUCUCCAAUGUGCAUCAUUUUGGUUCAUAUAUCCUAAAUUGAAAGCACAAUUCACACUUUGGGACUAUUUUAUAAGUAAUACAUCUUUAAAAGAAAGUUGCCCUUUGACUUCUAUAAUAAACAUAAGUUCAAGGCCCGGUAUGUAUUUACAAAAUCUGUGUCAGGUGUACACCCUGUGGAUUACAGGAUCCACAGCUUAAGUUACUAAUGUUUCUUGUGUAAAAUGCUGUUGGUAGUAAUGGUAAAGCAUUGUAUUUCCCUCUUUCAAAUUCAUUAGCUACCAAAAAAUGGAAAAGAAUUUUAUAUGCACUUUAAAAUAGUAAAAGGGGGCUGGGUGCAGUAACUUACACCUGUAAUCCCAGCACUUUGGGAGGCCGAGGUGGGUGGAUCACCUGAGGUUGAGUUCAAGACCAGCCUGACCAACAUGGAGAAACUCCAUCUCUACUAAAAAUACAAAAUUAGCUGUAUGUGGUGGCACAUGCCUGUAAUCCCAGCUACUAGGGAGACUGAGGCAGAAUCACUUGAACCCAGAAGGCAGAGGUUGCAGUGAGCCGAGAUCAUGCCAUUGCAUCCAGCCUGGGCAACAAGAGUGAAAAUAAAUAAAUAAAUGAAAAAUAAAAUCAUAAAAGGGAAAGUGAAUUUUAAAAAUAUAUGCAUUAAAAGUAUACUUUAAUUUCUAGUGGGACUUCCUUUAUGAAAUUUUCCAUAACUUCUUCCUGGAAUAUAUAAGAUCUCCAACAUCUCAUCAACUAAUUGUGGUACUAGUAGAACCAUAGCCAAAUGUGAAUUUUUAGUGGAAACAGAUUAUGAAUUAAAGCCAAGCAGCUUACUUUAAAGCCAUAAUAUGAGAUUUUCAUUAAAAACACUGAUCAUAAUAGGGAGAGGUCAAAUGAAUUCUCGCCAUUAUUUAUUCUGAGCAAAUCCUUUAACCUCUCCUGAUGACACAGUUCAGAGUACACACACUUUGGUGAUGGAUCAAAAGCAAUAUUUUCUUAUGUGAGAGAUAGCUCAUUAUUACUAUUCUGACAUACACCUAAUAGUAACACUUAACAUCAACACUUCGUAUAUACAAGGCAGUGUGAAAAGCACUUCAUUAUUUUACUGAAUCCUCACAACAACCCACCAAAGUAGGGACUAUUACCAUCAUCAUUUUAUAAAAGGAAAUUGAGGUUUAGUGCUCAAAAAGUCAUGGUUAUUAAGGGGCACUUAUCCAUACAACCUCUACUUUUUCUAGGCACUAAAAGGGGGGAAAUGCUUAACGGCCAAAAUGGUUAUCAAAAGACCCUAAAGUUGGGGUCCUAUAUAUCAUGAAAGGAUUACUUUCAUUCUCACGUAAGGCUUGCUUUCUUAAAAAACAUAGUUUUUAGGAAGACUGAAUCCCUGGAUUCCCAGAUUUCCUCAGCAAAUUGCAGAGGGGGUUAUGCACUGAGGUAGGUAUUUAUUUAGUCAUUCAGCUAGUAUUUAUUAGGAACCUGCUGUAGAACUAUUAAUGGUGAAUAGGCCUGGUCUAGGUACCAGCCCUCAUGGUCUAUACAAUUUAGUAUGGAAGAUAUAGUAAUAAAAUCUCACAUAAAUAUACAAUUACAAGUGUAAAAAGUACUGUGAAGAAUUCCAAGGUGCUUUAACAGCAUAUCGUAAGGCUGGGUGCAGUGUCUCAUGCCUGUAAUCCUAGCACUUUGGGAGUUUGAGACCAGCCUGGGUAACACAGUGACACUGUGUCUCCAAUAAAAAUUUUAAAAAUUAGCCAGGUGUGGUCAUAAGCACCUGUAGUUUCAGCUACUCAGGAGGCCGAGGCAGGAAGAUUGCUUGAGCCCAGAAGUUCAAGAUUCCAGUGAGCUAUGAUAUGCCGCUGGACUGCAGUCUAGGCAACAGAGUGAGACCCUGUCUCUAAAAAAAAUAAAAAUAAAGCGAGCAUAUAAUAGGUGAAUCCAGACGGUGAUAGGAGGGUAUAUAAGGCCAGACACAUCCUAGGUAAAGAGGAAAUUGGCAAACUAAUGCUGUUUUAGUGUAAUAAGGAAUGCUUAUAAUGAUGAACUUUAGUCAUAAAGAAAAGGUGAAAUUAUAUUCAGUAUCCCAUGUUUAGGAAAGCAGAAAAGUAUUCAAUACCCUUGGAAAGAGUCCCCCCAGAGUUAACAGGAUAAAAACCUUGGACAUUUGAAGAGAUAAACAUUUAGUUCUAUGUAAUUUCAAUAUACACGUAAAUUAUUUCAUGUUACCCUAACAGUGUAUUGUUAUUGUCCUUUUAUAUGAAAUAGGAAAGUAAAACUAAAAACUAUUUCUUGUGUUUUUGCAACCAGCCUUUCUAAUAUUUGAUAUCUAAUUAGUUAGAUAAUUCCUAAUAUACUUUUGAACAAUAAUCUAACCAGAAAAUAUUGUAUAAUAAAUUGCCAAAAACUUAUUACAUUAAUUAUAAAAGAAACAUGUCAAUACAACAAAUGCUUAUUUAACACUUACUGUUAUUCCAAAUACUGUGUUAGAAUUUGACUGUUCAAAGAUGAAUAAUAUAGUCUUUGCCCUCUGGAAGGCCACAAUGUAGAAGUAAUUCUCUGUAUCAGAUAUUUCCUUGAGUGUUAACUGUAUUAGUAAUCAUGUAAAUCCCAGUCAAGAAGUAAUACCACCACCACCACUUCCCUAUGAUGUUGUGAUAAUUUGACAUUCUAAAUGCUUCUGUUAACUUUUGUGUUUUUAUUUUUACAAAAUCAUGCAGAGCUUGUUACAAUUUUUAGUGGGCUUGGGAUAAAAAUGCUUUUUUAAUGUAGCAGAAAGUACACUUUUAUUUUUCCAAUUUACAGUGCUUUCCUUAAAUAUUAAGAAUAAUGAAUAAAAUAAACUGAUUUUAAAAUCA